AAUUAAACGAAUAAUAUUGAAUUCGAUUAUUUUGAGCAUAUUAAUUAAUAUAUGAAUGUAAAAAGUUUAGACUUGCAGAGCCUCCCGAGUUGAGCUGCAGAAACCACCGAAAUCGAGGAGCUUCCGGAGCAGCAGAAGGUAGAUCGUAGAUAGCAACUACAUGUAGAAGAAUGGAUCCACGAUACAUCCAGGAAACGUCCAAACAUUUGGAGAAACAGCAUGAGCUCCUGUGGGAUACUUACAGAUCAAUGACUCAUGAACUGCAGAAACUUCAGGUAGAGGAAGAGAUGCUGAUGCGCAAGUUUUAUGAAGCCAUGUCAGCUCAAGGUCUGAAUAAGAAGCCUAGUUCAAAAAAAGACAUUCGGUAUGUAUAUACUCGGCGUCCUCGAUCAGUGAAAGUGCCUGCUAUUGUAGUGCCUUCUGAGGCAUCAAUGUCGGAUAAUCUUUCUGCUUCACCUCCUACCCCUACAACUUCUUCCUCAGAUCUUCCUGCUACCCGAAGGUCUAGUAGGAAGAGGAAUUGAUAACACACUGGAGACAGCAAGCAAAAGCAUGAAGUAUCCAGACCUUCAAUGCAUAAUUAAGUGUGUAUCAGUGUAUAGUUGAUUGUAGUACAUAUAGGAUGCAACUCUAAACAAUCAUGCAAACUAGGAUCGAGGAACUGUGAUAGUUCCGAGUCCAAAUAACUCUGUAAUUGGCUAUUUACUAACUCAGCUUAAUAUAAUCAUCUUCUCCUGCUAA